UAGCCUUUGAUUUAGGCUACGCCUGUCCACUUCUCAAAAGAGAAUAUUGGCACAGGAGUCAAAUUUGUUCCAUUGUUGCAAAGACUCAGUCAGUCAGUGCCCACGGUUCCUAUCGCUGACGUUUUUCAUAUCAUGGGCCCUGGAAUUUGGAAGGUACAAAUGUGGCUGGAGAAAAUGUUUGCUGGAGAUGACGUACCAGAGUUUGAGCUAAAUGCUUCUAAUAUUACUCUGCUGUAUAACUUGAUGAAAUGCAAUGAACAGGCAGACAAAGACACACAAGUCUUGGUGGAGGAUUAUCAACUUAAGGCCGAGGAGUACAAUAUAGAGGCCAGAAGAUGUGAGGGAGUUCUGAAGAAGAUGAAUUUGUCAAUUGCCAGUUUGUCCCAGGCUGGAGUUAUUUCCCUUAGGGUGAUAGCCAAUCUGGCCCUUAUUCUACAAGUCAGGGACACCACAGACACAAGUUUUCUUCUUGCCAUGCGACAUUUAGAAGAUGAAAUUUACAAAGUGGAGGAGGCACGCAUAAAAGAGGAGAGAAACUUGCAGACGUUGAUCGACAAGAUUAAAGUUGCCAUGGUGAAGCAGAGUCACUUAAAGAAAGCCAUGGAGGUGCUGGAACAGAAGGCAGCUUGUCAGCAGCCAGAGACGGAGAAACGGACCAAAGAUAUCCACUUCAUCCGCAGCAAAGCCAAGGAGUACAAGGACAAAAUUAAACAAAUGCAGACCACGCUCCACACUUUGAAAGUGGAUCCUUCCAUUUAUCACCACAGCCUUGUCAAGAGUUCAAAGGAGCUGGAAAAGUUACAGGAGGAGUUGUCUCCCUUACAAGUAAAACUGCAGACAUACAGCAGUUUGCCUCCAGACUUAUCAUCAAUCAAAGUUAAGAUAGAAGAAUUGAAGAUGAAACUUGCGGAUCUAGGCAAUGAAUUAAGCAGGAAGAUAGAUCUGAUGCAUAUGUGAUACUGAACAAUACAAAGAUACUCAUUCAUCAAACAGUGUUAGUAUUUCUGUAAAUGACAUGUUUUAUGAUAUGUUAAUUAUGAAGCCUUCAUAAACAGAAUGUGUUUGUUUGCAAAUGUUAUGAGUUUAAGAAUAAAUUUUUUUU